UUAUAGAACAAUUCUCGUAAUAACGUAUUGUGUUGUUCUAAAUUAUAAGUUAAGAGCUUACUAAAUAUUUGACUAUAUGCUUUUAAAAGAAAUUUUAUUUUAAAAUCGAGUUUUAAAUUUUGUAUAACGUGAUGAUCAUAAUAUUUUUUACUGUUUUGUUAUUCUUAAAUGUCGGUCAAGAGGUAUUCGGUUUUCGUUGCGAUAGACGUCCGUAUGGAACAACCACACAAUCAUCAGACCCAGACGGUCGAUUUAAAUUAUUAGUGGAGAAUACUGACGAGAGCUACAUACCUGAUCAACUCUAUACGGUAAAAAUUACGGAAACGGACGGUGAAUCGAGAUUCACUGAGUUCAUGAUAUCAGCGGAAGGAGAAAUGAAAGCUGAUCCUGUAAACACGAGAAAAAUGAUGCUCCUCUUUCCUGGAGAAUUGCGACCACAGGAUCCCUUUAGCGCGAAGUUCAGCAGUCGCUGUUUAUAUUCCGUCGAACACGCUAUAUCAUCUCCUAAGUCAUUUGUUGAAGUAUAUUGGCAAGCUCCGCCUUCUGGCAACGGUUGCGUUACAUUGCGGGCAAUGGUGGCCGAACAUCAAGAUGUGUGGUACGAAGAUGGUUUUCCGUUAUCUCUGCGACUAUGUGAGGAUCUGCGUCAACCGGACGACGCCACUCCUCAACUUAAUCUUGACUGUGACACUUGUGAUGAGGCGAAAUAUGAGCUAACAUUUACGGGUACUUGGUCCCGAAACACACAUCCACGUUUCUACCCAGAGAAUGACUGGAUACCACGAUACAGCGACUUAGUAGGGGCUUCACAUGCCGCUGAUUAUAUACUAUGGGCUCCUGGCACUUUAGUUAGUGAGGGUUUUAGAGAAUUUGCUGAACAUGCCAAUGGCAGUAAGUUAGAAGGUGAAAUUAGAGAAAAGAUUGGUGAUGGAGUUCGUACUCUUAUUAAAGGCAAAGGACAUGGUUAUCGCAAAAUGUCCGAUCCAACUUACGCUUUCUUUCGGACAGAUAAAACCAACCAUCUGGUAACGGUCGCCGUUGCAUUGCAUCCGUCUCCUGAUUGGUUUCUAGGAGUGACAAGGUUUGAGCUCUGUCAAAAAGGCAACAUGUGGUUAGAGGAAAGAGAAUUGAAUUUGUAUCUAUGGGAUGCGGGAACUGAUAGCGGAGUAUCAUAUGAAUCACCAAAUAUCGAAACUUUUCCACAAGACGCCGUGUCUAGAGUCCAAACAAGUUCGUACGACAAAAAUUCGCCUUUUUAUGAAAUGGACAUGAAAGACCUCCAUCCUUUCGGUAAACUUCUUAUCAAACUGAUUAGAACUUAUCAGAAGGAAUGCAAAGAAGAGAAAGAAGAGGAAACUACUCAAGAAGCAGUAACAUCAACUGAUGAACCUGUAACUACAGAAGCAAUAGAAGGGGAAGAAAAAGAAGAUGAAAGUGAUAAAGAAAAAAAUGAAGAUAAAGAUGAAGACAAAGGCGAACCUGACAGUCCCUCCAGCGAAGCUGCAAUAGUGACAGAUCCGGAUUCAUCCGAAGACUGCCCGAUGUCGCAAUGGCAGGAAUGGAGCCAAUGUGGUGGUGCUUGUGAGAAUGGUAAAAUUGUGGGAUACAAGUGGCGAGAAAGAUAUCAUCUUGUAGAUGGCAUUCCAGUAGAGAAAUAUGAUCCUGACAUUGAUCCGUCUAGCGUGAAAGAAGUUCCCCGAGUUUGCAAGACCCAUUACGAAGACUUCGAGAGAGAAGAGUGCGAAGACGAUUGUCCAGAUCAUGAAGAGGAAACUAAUUUAACUGCUGAAAGAAGAGUGAUGUCAAAAGUCGCACCCGGCUACGGUUGGAACUCCAAAAGUCAUCUGAAGAGGACAUAUUUUUAGUAUUUUUUAUUGGUGAUAUUUAAUCAGAGGCAAUAAUAUAUUUAUUAUAUAA